AUGGAACCCGAAACUAAGAAGACCAAGACUGACUCCAAGAAGAUUGUUCUUCUCGGCGGCGACUUCUGUGGCCCCGAGGUGAUUGCCGAGGCCGUCAAGGUGCUCAAGUCUGUUGCUGAGGCCUCCGUCAUCCCCGGUUCUCUGGGUCUGCUGCCCUCCGCCUCUCUGGCUUCUCUGCCCGACACCAACGAGGCGUUCGGUCUGUACGAGCCCUGUCACGGAUCUGCCCCCGAUCUCGGCAAGCAGAAGGUCAACCCCAUUGCCACCAUUCUGUCUGCCGCCAUGAUGCUCAAGUUCUCUCUUAACAUGAAGCCCGCCGGUGACGCUGUUGAGGCUGCCGUCAAGGAGUCCGUCGAGGCUGGUAUCACUACCGCCGAUAUCGGAGGCUCUUCCUCCACCUCCGAGGUCGGAGACUUUGUUGCCAACAAGGUCAAGGAGCUGCUCAAGAAGGAGUAA